AUGAGCAGUACAGUAUCUUCAACUUCAGGAAAAAGCGAAGCUGGAGACAUAGAGAUGUCCACAAUUGAACAUGAAACGGCUGCUGUGUCAGUGGACAAAAGGGACGACACAACUUCCGAGGGCCACAUAGGCUCUGGUAGCAGUAAGGCGAAGAGUGAAUCGAGCAGUACUGAGGAGAGAGACCAACAAUCUCCCAAAGAGAAAGGCGUAGAUGAACACCCAGAUAUUGCAGAUGGGUAUGACCCAUUUUCUGAGCAGUCGCUGGGGCCCCUAAUGUCCAGCAACCAGUACAGCAUGAGGAAAACGGCAUCGCAGGCCCUGAUGGACGUGGCACUGAUGAUGGCUAAUAUUUCUCAGUUGAGAACACUUUUAACUGCAGGUGGAGAUAUCGACUACUCGGUACUUCUAAUUGUGAUGGUCGCUUUGUCAUUAUCUUUCCAAUUACUGUUUGCCAUUCUUAUCUUCAUUAUCUGGAUGAGGGAAAGCGAGCAACACCAAAAAGACGACUAUCUGAAAGCCUUGCGUGAGCUCGCCGACGCCAAAAGUGAAACAGACACCGCAGAAAUGAGCGCGGCCCGCAACUCUUACCUGAGGAGACAAAUAAGCUACCUGGGACAUCGUAUUACCUCCCAUCUCAACUACAUCACUAUGGUCCUUGUGUUCAUCAUUACCGUCAUCAACAUGUUCAUCACUGGCUUUGGAAUUAAACUAGAACCUUCUGCAGACCAUGUACAAAAGUCCAACUCCAGCUGA